UCGUUCCCAUCCCAGACACACAGCCCGCUUUACACCAGUCAGGUGCCGAGGGCGCAAUAACGGAAUACAUACAAUGGACUUCCAGGUUGUUGUGUCCUUCUGCUUCGCGCCGUCGAGGCAUUUGGUGGCUCACGCGUGGCUUGUGAGAAACACGCCUCGACCCUUAAAGAUCGUCCAAGAGCUUCCUCCUCUGGUUCCAAAGUCCAUCGGCCCGCAGCCGCCCUUGAGACAAUUCGGAUAACUCAGACCCAAGCGGGUGCAAUGCCCCGCGUGGCUAGCGGCAGGGGCACAACGCCGUCUUGGACGGAGCUUGACAACUCAGCCAACCCGGCACGCCCGGGUCUCAACUCCCCCGAUCCGACCGGCAAUCGCGAGACGGCAUUUGCUGACCAUGCCCGUUGCCGUCCCGCAACUCAGGGUAGUGAGUUACUCAGCUGCUCGUCACCAAGCCAGGUAUUACCGUCACCCAGAAAGAAGCAUGUCGACGGCCGCGCGAGGAUGCCCAUUUGCCAGCGUCCGGAAUCAGUUCCGUGCUCACUCGGCUCCGAAAUGAACCCUCCCCUUCCGGUCACGCCACUCAGACGGCGAAAGGAAGCAUCCAUGCUGUCGGUACCCUCUAGCUCCCGGCAAGAUCAAAGAAGACUGCGUCCGAUGGUGCGGUUAUUGGUCGAACAUCACGCAGUCCCUCCGGUAAUGGCAAAGUUGCCAAGAUACUGGCUUGAGGGCUGGGGGAUCAGCGGGGCCCACGACACCUGUUCCGUCCUGGCGGGACCGCCACUGCGGAAGGCGAACUUCAGGAGACGACUGCACGGCAUGGUUAGUGCUUUUUUGGCAAACCCGGGGUUUACGGCAAGAAUGAUGUCCCCGUUGGUGGUAGGAUCGAUGAAGUUGAGGGGGAGUCUCAUGCAGUGGGGAACGCCCCAUGGUUGUUUCGGGGCUGACCGCCGCAGGCGCCAACUGAACGGGUGGCCAAUCGCGGCGGACCCAGCUGAAAGUCCCCCAGACGCCGCUCUGGUGGUGGGCUGGCGCGGCACGCAGCCCCGACAUCACUGUCAUCCCCCUUCACCAGAACCACGCGGGGAUGCAAAUGAGUCCUGGGAUUUUGAAAACGCCUUCCCAUUUUCCCCUGUUCCCUCUUUCUCCUUUGUGUUUCUUGCAUAGGGAACGUAUUCAGCUGCUUGCAUGAGAACCAAUCCCAAACCGUUCCUCUCCCCCAGGAACGGCCGCGUGGGUGACCAGCAAAAGAAAAGAGAAACCGGCCACGCCUGGACAUGCCUCUGCAUAGAUCCGGAGUUACCGCCGCGCAAGGACGAGCCGUCGAUCGUCGCAUCACGCAUGCGCGCCAGGGCAGCAUCCGACGCAAAAGCAAUCAAGCAGCAC